AUGCCAGUGAAACCGAAUAAGACAGAUUCUGACCAUGAAAGUGAUCCUCGUUCUAAUCUGGAAAGUCGUCUGCUUCAUCAGGCAGAGCUGAUUGCCAAAAUGCAGAACCUUUUGUUUCAUUGCCGCCAGCGUAUGAUUAACGAUAGCAUGCGCAACAACGACCCAGCAAUGGAUAGUUUUUUCGCCAGUGGUCCUGUGACUAGUACACCGUUAAAGGAAGACGGUGAAGACGAAACUGUUGCCGCCGGAAUCGAUGAAACCGACAGGGUUGUGCUCCUGCAACGGCAGCUGGAAGAAGAGUACCACGAGAAGGAAAAGGUUAUCGCCAUGAUGGGACGGUUCAAACGCACGCUUGAGGAACGUAUUUUGAGUCACAGACUUCUCGAAGACAAUUGGAAACAGAAGGAGGAGGAGUACGCUGUUCACAUCGCAAGGGAUAAAGAGCUGGUGACGAACUUAUGGCGCGCCUUUCAGCAGAUGAAGCGCGAAUUUUUCAACUGCAGAUCGAGUACUUUCCGAGAUCUUGCGUCAAUGGGCGGUGAACUUCGUGGUGUUAUCAAACAGGUCGAUGUGUCGUUUCAUAAGCUACACAUAAGCUGCUGUCGAUUAUAUUCUGGCCAGUUGGGCGAUCAGGAAUCAGAGGUAAGUCAUCGCCAUGACCUGCGCUCUACUACUCAUUACUUGUAUAAAUUUUCACCCAUCUUUCUUCAUAACUCACCAUUCCUGUUAGGUUACCGGUGCAAUUUCAAAAAGUUUUGCUAAUA